CAAUUUUAAAAACUAUGACAAAACACAAUUUCAAUUCCAACUCCAACUCCAAAACUUCAAAAAAAGUGAAAUUUAUUUUUUGGUUUCUAUGGACAAACGGGGCCUUAGUAAGGUCCAUAAGACUUCUUCAUCUGGAAAAUUUACAUCCCCUUAUUCACGCAUUGCUUUGCUCUCUUUCCUUGACAAUAAGGUACUCAUUGCUUAGCAACCUUUUAUCCCUAUUAUAGCCGAACCCUUCAGUCCUUAUUUUUAUACUUACUACAAACAUCAGUACUCAGUUGUAUCCAUGGAGAAAGCUAGCUCUUUUCUUCUUUCUUUUGUCUUGCAAUUACUCUAUUUCUUAGUGGCAUGCAUUGCCACAAACAUAAGCACUGAUCAAUCUGCUCUUCUAGCCUUCAAAGCCAGAGUUACUCUAAAUUCUUCUCAUCCCUUAUCCCAAAAUUGGUCUUCUCAAGCUUCCGUAUGUGAUUGGUUUGGAGUCACUUGCGGCUCUCGCCACCAUAGGGUGACUGCACUAAAUGUAUCCGACAUGGACAUUCAUGGGUCCAUUCCGCCACAGUUGGGAAACCUCUCGUGUCUUGUUUCUGUCGAUGUUAGCAGAAAUUAUUUACAUGGAGACCUUCCUCAAGAUUUGUCUCGUUUACGUGGAUUGAAGGUGAUGAAUCUCGGGUACAAUAAUUUCAGUGGCGAGAUACCAACAUGGUUAGGUUUCUUUUCUGAUCUUCAAAUGUUAAAUCUUGAUAACAACAAAUUCACGGGUAUACCUCCUGCUUCUAUUUCUAACCUAUCCAAGUUAGAAACUCUCAGUGUUAUCCGCAAUCGUCUUCAAGGCAGUAUCCCAAAGGAGAUUGGGAACCUUCAGAGUCUAAAGGAGUUGACUUUAUUAGAAAACAACCUUACUGGCUCUAUCCCCUUCUCCAUUUUCAACAUUUCCAAGGUGCAGCUCACACAUAAUCAAUUAUCAGGGAGUCUUCCUGUAGAUAUAUGCCGACGCUGUCUUCAAAAAAUCAAGAGCAUUUCAAUAAUUUCCAACCAGUUGAGUGGUCACAUUCCAGCUGGUUUGUCUAACUGCACGGAACUGUAUGAAUUGAGAUUGUCAUACAAUAAGUUCAAUGGGACCAUUCCACCAGAAAUAGUAAACUUGGAGAGGCUUGAGUUCUUAAGCCUUGGGGGGAACAACUUGCAAGGCAAAAUUCCAGCAAAGAUUGGUAAUUUACGAAACUUGCAGCAAUUGCAACUGGAGAACAAUCAAAUUGUGGGUUCAAUACCGCGCACCAUAUCCAACUUGUCAUUGCUAUGGAUACUUAAUUUCAACACCAACAACUUAACAGGUGUUAUACCUAGAGAGAUUGGGAACCUUCACAAAUUGGAGAGCCUUUAUUUGCAAUUUAAUAACUUUGGUGGAGUUAUACCAAGCUCAAUCUCCAAUUUAUCAAAUCUAAAGGGAUUAUAUCUUCAUGUUAACAAAUUGUGUGGCCCGAUUCCUAACUCAUUGGGGGAUUUGAGACAGCUUGAAUAUUUGAAUUUGGCUAACAAUAAUUUAACAGGUAAUUCACAGCCAAAAUAUUUUUGUUUGAUAAUCCAGGCUAGUCUUGCAUCAUCUAUGGAAGUUCUUGAUUAUUGA